AUGGCCGAAAUCAUCGCCCUUACCGCUGCCGCCGUGCAAUUCCUCGACGUCGGUGGCCGCGUCCUCAUUGCUUUCUCUUCACUCUGUUCAGGCUUGAAGCGUGUGCCGGCCAAAGUCAAAGCGGAGAUCCAACAGCUAGAGCAUGUCCUGGUAGUGCUUCGCACGCUUGAGACCGACAUUACAGCUCCAAGUAACGGCCUCGCCACCACGCUCGCCGGAGUUCUUACUCAGAGUCAGAUCAGUGAAGCCAAAGCGCUUCUAAGGGACGCAGUAACUCAAGCAAUAGAACUGGAGGUCCUUCUGAAGUCCCUUCUUCCUCCUGUGCAGGAGAGUGCACUCCGAAAGGCAUGGCGAAUCAUCAUUAGCCAGAAGAAGGAGGAAGAGAUCAUCGAGCAAUGUAGAGGCCUCGAAGAAGUGAAGUCGACCAUUCAACUAUGGCAAGAACGAUGUAACUAUGCGAGAUUGGUACUGAUUGAGGAUCAUAUUCUUACAGGCAGAGGGUUCGAAGGUGGAAUCCGGUCCAUCAACCAAAAUAUCGGCGCUAUGUCUGGAGAGCUCUCAGCCUUCAGAUCGAGUGCAGAGCAUGCUGAUGUCACAGCUCAGAACAAAUUGACGGCAAUUCAAGGGUCGGUCUAUAGGGCCGAGUCUAGCAUCCAGGCUCUCGCGCGAUACCACCAGUCGAAUCGAGAUGACAUCGUUCAGGCGGUACGGGAAGAGUGUGGUCGCAUCGUGAGUCCACAUAUCGUGUCCGCUGAGCUGCUCCAAUCUUAA